CAUGGAGGCGGAGCAGCGGCCGGCGGCAGGGGCCGGCGAAGGGGCGACCCCUGGGCUGGAGGCCGUGCCUCCCACUGCUCCCGCGCCUGGGACCACGGCCUCAGAUCGGAUCCCCAGGUUCCGGCCAGAGCCUAAGAGAAGGCAGCUUGGGACGCUGCUUCAGCCCACGGUCAACAAGUUCUCCCUUCGGGUGUUUGGCAGCCACAAAGCAGUGGAAAUCGAGCAAGAGCGGGUGAAGUCAGCGGGGGCCUGGAUCAUCCACCCCUACAGCGACUUCCGGUUUUACUGGGACCUCAUCAUGCUGCUGCUGAUGGUAGGGAACCUCAUUGUACUGCCCGUGGGCAUCACCUUCUUCAAGGAGGAGAACUCCCCGCCCUGGAUUGUCUUCAACGUCCUCUCUGACACUUUCUUCCUGCUGGAUCUGGUGCUCAACUUCCGCACGGGCAUCGUGGUGGAGGAGGGCGCUGAGAUCCUGCUGGCACCACGGGCCAUCCGCACGCGCUAUCUGCGCACUUGGUUCCUGGUUGACCUCAUCUCCUCUAUCCCCGUGGAUUACAUCUUCCUGGUGGUGGAGCUAGAGCCGCGGCUGGACGCUGAGGUCUACAAAACAGCGCGGGCCCUGCGCAUCGUUCGGUUCACCAAGAUCCUCAGCCUGCUACGGCUGCUCCGCCUCUCCCGCCUCAUCCGCUACAUACACCAGUGGGAGGAGAUCUUUCACAUGACCUAUGACCUGGCCAGUGCUGUGGUUCGCAUCUUCAACCUCAUUGGAAUGAUGCUGCUGCUAUGUCACUGGGAUGGCUGUCUGCAGUUCCUGGUCCCCAUGCUGCAGGACUUCCCUCCCGACUGCUGGGUCUCCAUCAACCACAUGGUGAACCACUCAUGGGGCCGCCAGUAUUCCCACGCCCUGUUCAAGGCCAUGAGCCACAUGCUGUGCAUCGGCUAUGGGCAGCAGGCGCCCGUGGGCAUGCCCGACGUCUGGCUCACCAUGCUCAGCAUGAUUGUGGGUGCCACGUGCUAUGCCAUGUUCAUCGGCCACGCCACCGCCCUCAUCCAGUCUCUGGAUUCUUCCCGGCGUCAGUACCAGGAGAAGUACAAGCAGGUGGAGCAGUACAUGUCCUUCCACAAGCUGCCACCUGACACGCGCCAGCGCAUCCAUGAGUACUACGAGCACCGCUACCAGGGCAAGAUGUUCGAUGAGGAGAGCAUCCUGGGCGAGCUGAGUGAGCCACUCCGAGAGGAGAUCAUUAACUUCACCUGCAGGGGCCUGGUGGCCCACAUGCCGCUGUUCGCCCACGCCGACCCCAGCUUCGUCACUGCAGUGCUCACCAAGCUGCGCUUUGAGGUCUUCCAGCCGGGGGACCUUGUGGUGCGUGAGGGCUCCGUGGGCAGGAAGAUGUACUUCAUCCAGCACGGGCUGCUCAGUGUGCUGGCACGUGGCGCCCGGGACACCCGCCUCACUGAUGGAUCCUACUUUGGGGAGAUCUGCCUGCUGACUCGGGGCCGGCGCACAGCCAGCGUUCGGGCUGACACCUACUGCCGCCUCUACUCGCUCAGCGUGGACCAUUUCAACGCUGUGCUCGAGGAGUUCCCCAUGAUGCGCCGGGCCUUUGAGACUGUGGCCAUGGAUCGGCUGCGCCGCAUAGGCAAGAAGAAUUCCAUACUUCAGCGGAAGCGCUCUGAGCCAAGUCCAGGCAGCAGCAGUGGCCUCAUGGAGCAACACUUGGUGCAACAUGACAGGGACAUGGCUCGGGGUGUUCGGGGCCUGGCCCCGGGCACAGGAGCUCGGCUCAGCGGAAAGCCAGUACUGUGGGAGCCACUGGUGCACGCACCCCUGCAGGCAGCUGCUGUGACCUCCAAUGUGGCCAUUGCCCUGACUCACCAGCGGGGCCCUCAGCCCCUCUCCCCUGACUCUCCCGCCGCCCUCCUUGCUCGCUCUGCUCUGCGCUCAGCAGGCUCCCCAGCAUCCCCGCUGGUGCCAGUCCGAGCUGGCCCUCUGCUGGCCCAAGGGCCAUGGGCAUCCACCUCCCGCUUGCCUGCGCCACCUGCCAGAACCCUCCAUGCCAGCCUUUCCCGGGCAGGGCGCUCCCAGGUCUCCCUGCUGGGGCCCCCCCCUGGAGGAGGUGGACGGCGGCUAGGACCUCGGGGCCGCCCUCUCUCAGCCUCCCAACCUUCUCUGCCUCAGCGGGCAACAGGCGAUGGCUCUCCUGGGCGUAAGGGCUCAGGAAGUGAGCGCCUGCCCCCCUCAGGGCUUCUGGCCAAGCCUCCAGGGACAGCCCAGCCCCCCAGGCCACCAGUGCCUGAGUCAGCCACCUCCCGGGGUCCCCAGCUCUCGGCCAACAUGUGAAACCCUUGGGUACACCCGGCCUUAGCUCUUGGGGCACAGUAGUAUGUACCUGAGGGCAGACACCUCUUGGGGAAGGCCGAGGGGACCUGAAACAUUGCCCUAUGGGAAUGUCUCCCCUUACUGCCCUGAAGAUGGUUUUUGUGUCCUCAGCUCAAGCGCCCUGCAGCCUGUCCGACAUCCUAAUCCAUUCACCCAUUCAUCACAUGUUCUGAGCGCCUACCAUGUUCAAGGUACUGUGCCAGGCGCUGUAUGUCGCCACUGCCAAGUAGAAAUGACUCAAAGCCCUCUGACAAGGGUUUCCCCUGCCAUGGUCCUGCCAAGUGCAGGCCCAGGCCCAUGACCCCACCUUUACUAGGCACAAGUACUUACCACCACCAUCACUGCCAAGUAACUAGACGUCUCUGUUUCCCUGCCAAUGACCCUGCAGGUUCCGCCUGGCGUGGUUAUCUUCCUGUUCUCCUACCAUAGCCAUGCACUGCCAGUUACCUGCACCCUCUCUGCUGCCAACAAAUGUCUUGGGUCCUGAGUGUGGGCAUCCACUUUUGCCCUCUCACUGCCACCUGUGGACCCUCCCUGUCUAUACCCUCUCAGUGGGAACACAUGUCUCCUGUCAAGUUCCUUCAGUCUCUGUAUCUGUGGUAGAACCGUCUUUUUGUAAACUGAGAGCUGCCUCUUCCCUGUGCCCCCUGCCCCAGUGGUGCCUCCCCUUAAAGUUAAGGGGUAAUUGGCACCUCCUUAUUUAGUGGGCCAGCCUAGAUCGCCCCAGGUGGGAGGCAAAUGGCUGAAUCCUUAUGUGAUGUUUU